CCCGGGCCGCUAGGAGGCGGCUAGUGGCGCAGAGCAUGACGUCCGGGCGGGCCGGGGAGAAAGCGGGCUCACGGAACUGCAAUUCCCAGCAGCGCCAGGAGUGGGGAAGUGGCGGCAGGGCGGGGCAAGCUAGAAGAGACCUUAACGCUCAUUCUAGUCCAAGCCCUAGCUUUACCGAGACGAAAACGUAAGUUCUCUGACGUGUCGGGGUCUCACUGGGCCUGAAUCGUCGACGACUCGGAGAGUCGCAGGCGCGAAGUUUCCUGGCCUGGAAGAGGGAUCGCCCAGAGUGCGACAUGCAAGUGGGGAAGCCCAUCCUCUAUUCCUAUUUCCGAAGCUCCUGCUCAUGGAGAGUUCGAAUCGCUCUGGCCUUGAAAAACAUGGACUAUGAGAUGAUAACCAUCAACCUCACAAAGGAUGGGGGGCAGCAGUUCUCUGAAGAAUUCCAGGCCCUGAAUCCCAUGAAGCAGGUGCCAGCCCUGAAGAUUGAUGGAAUCACCAUUGGCCAGUCACUGGCCAUCAUUGAGUACCUGGAGGAGACCCGGCCCACGCCGCGACUCCUGCCUCAGGACCCAAAGAAGAGGGCCCACGUGCGCAUGAUUUCCCACCUCCUGGCCAGCGGCAUCCAGCCCCUGCAGAACUUGUCUGUCCUGAAGCAAGUGGGACAGGAGAACCAGCUGACCUGGGCCCAGCAGGCCAUCAGUUCUGGCUUUAAUGCUCUGGAGCAGAUCCUGCAGAGCACAGCGGGCAAGUACUGUGUGGGAGACGAGGUGUCCAUGGCUGAUCUGUGCUUAGCGCCUCAGGUGGCAAAUGCCGACAGGUUCAAGGUGGAUCUCACUCCCUACCCUACCAUCAGCCGUAUCAACAAGUCACUGCUGGCCUUGGAGGCCUUCCAAGUGUCUCACCCCUGCCGGCAGCCAGAUACACCCCCUGAGCUGAGGGCCUAGCUCUCAAACCGUGCCCCACUGGUGCAGGGUCAGGGAGCGGGUGCAGGAGCAGAAGCUGCAUGGGCUGAAGAGGCCUGGAAACGAGCGAGCCUCAACUGGAGAGGCGGAAGACCUGAACUCCUAGCCCUUGAACUUGAACUCUAGCCCUGGAUUUGCCUUCCCACUGAAACUCCUUCUGCCUCAGCCCCUUCAUCUGUCACAUGCGGGCAGAAUGGGGUGGGAGAAUGCCAGGAGGCGGGUAGGCAGGAAGUCUUCAUGACUGUGUCGCGGGCAGUCAUGAAGAUGAAGUGAACGUAGACUAAAACGUAUGGCGAGUUUACCAGAGAGCUAUGAGGAAGUCUGAGCCCCUUUUCCCGUCCCCUCGACUGUACCUGACUCCAAAGAAUGCCCACACUGAAAUCUGAUAAUUAAACUAAAGCCCAGGCCUCCGG